CGUAUAGCAUCCCGACUGCUCGAUGUCGCCAUCCGGUACAGACCCCGUGGUCGCCCCGAACAGCAUCAACCCUAUGGAUCGCAUGUCCAUCCACCUAAUGAUUCCUCGUCAAGCCGCUGCCCCUCCAGAAGAAGGCUGCAUCGCUCGCUAAAGCAGAAUACCCCAGCUCGCUUGGAAGGCAAACUCGGAAAGGAAAAUGCACGUAUUCGUACAGGCGGCCUCUCCGUGGCUCGACGAACACCUUAGGAGGUUUAUUCGAAAGCACGUCCCAGAGUCAGUCUUCUACGACGACUUCGACGACUUCCCAAAGGAUGCCAAGACAACCUUCCAAUUCUGCGAUGGUUGGGCCUUGAACCGAAACUUUGCCGUCGUGAACUCUGCAGACAAGGCCCUCAUCAACGCGUACCCUAGCAGCGAUGCCUUAGCACGGAAGGACUACCUCUCGCGCGUGGUGGAGUAUUGGACGGCGAAGACGCCGGACAGCAUUCUGAAGACGCACUCUCCGCUCACGGUACGCUUGUCACUCGACUAUGCCGAGUACGUUGACGAGGCACUGACUGCGGCGGACGACCUCACGCUUCUCUACUCACUCGAAGAGAAUGAGAACAAGCCGCCCGAGGAGCGUGAAUGGUGGAUCCUCAAACCCGCAUUGGUGGACUGCGGCGCUGGUAUCCGGCUCUUCAGCACGUUGGAAGAGCUGGCAAGCCACCUUGAGCUUGCCGAAUACGAAGACGACGACGAAGAUGACGACGACGACGACGACAACGACGAAUCGGAUGGGGUGCUGGGUAGGGAGGAGACAAGGUCGAGUGGCAAGCCUACACCGGAUUCGGAGUUAGACACUACGAACGAGCCGUCCCCGUGUCUAGCUUUCCCCAUCCUCAACUCGCUGGAUGGUCUUGUCACUGCUGUCGGAGACAUGAAGCUCGACGCAGCUCCGCUAGGCGCCGUCCGCGCACCCAAGAAGCAGCCGUAUGUCUUUAAAGAGGGCGGCCGCAUCCCCUCGUCGGAGAUGCGCGAGUUCGUCGCGCAGCGCUACAUCACGGCGAUCGCGGCGUUGGAAAAGCGCAAGUGGCACGUCCGUGCCUACGUCCUCUCCAUCGGCCGCCUGAAGGUCCACGUCUUCAACGAGAUGUUAGCCUUGCUAGCCCUAGAGGACUACGAGCCCCCGUGGCUCAACCCGAGCUUGAAGUCGUCCCUAACCAACACGGGGCUGCAGGACGAAGAGGAUUUUCUCCGGAUGGGGUCGAUGCGGGAUUUCUGGGCGAUCCCAGACGAUCUGCUUCCGGGGGACGCAAAAGAGGGCAAGACGUGGAAGGAGUGCGUCUUCGACCAGAUUUGCAACGUCUCGGCGGAGUUGUUUCGCGGCGCGGCGCACACCAUGGCGGACAAAUUCACCACACUGGACAAGUGCUUCGAGCUGUUCGGGGUCGACUUCCUCGUCGACGAGGACGGGACGGCAUGGCUCCUCGAAGUCAACGAGUCGCCAGCGUUCUACCACCAGGGGGUUGCCGGUCCGAUAGCGCUGCGGCUCAUGGAGUCGCUGAUCCUGGUCGCGCUGGAGCACAUGGGCCUCGUUCCACCGGGGGAAACGGAGAACGAGGCAGUCAGAAAGAGGAUGAUCGAAGUGCUUGAUGAGACCAACAAGCUGGCGAAAAGCAACAUCACGGAGAUCACGCCCGAAUAGUACUGGCGAGGCGUUGCACAUUAGAGAUUAGGUAGAUUUAGACACAGAGAAAGGGUUAAAUAGACUGGACGCAACUUCUUAGCGCCUGUCUGGAACAUCGUGUCGAUGCGUGGGUGAGGUUUGGG